AUUCGGUUCAAGUUCAGUAACACUUUUGCAUUCAGUGGCGGACAACCUUUGCCAAAAUUUUAGCAUUGUGCAAAUUUUUUGGCUUACGAAAGAAGAGGAAAAGGCAUAAGAACCAUGAGUUCCAAAUCCAUAUUUGAAACCGAAGAAGAUGUGGCGCAGGCCAACAAGUUUGUGAAUAAGGCCAAGGACUCGCCCUUUAUGUUGGUCGGCAUUGCUGGCUUCGUGGCAGCGGGUCUGAUUGGAGCGUACAAAUACAAAAAUCGCGGCACGAUGAGCACCAGCGUCUUCCUUAUGCAGCUGCGUGUGGCAGCGCAGGGCACAGUCGUUGGCUGCCUGACCGUUGGACUCGGCUAUCAGAUGGCCAAGGAGUAUCUGUUCGACAAGAAGCCCAAGGAGAAUUUGAAGUCUUUACAUAAUUAGUACACAUUUGAUUUGGCCCGCACAUUUCCCCAGACACCAUCCAAAACAUUGCCAGAGGCUUUGACGAAAGUUUUAAUACCAAUUUAAUAUUACAUAUUUAUUACCAUACAUUUACGAAAAUUGUAAAAAACACAA